AUCGCGUCUCGGGGGAGGAGUCUGUACCCUCGUGAUGUCCCCGCCCCAGUUCCCAGGCAAGUUUAGGGAAGUGAAAGGCGCCAGGUGCCAGUCCUGGCCUCUGUUGUAACCCAGCGCCCCGCAGUCCCGACACAGAUUCCUGGAUCUCAGCCCCAUAGCAGCGAUGAUCCCGCUGCUGCUGGCAGCGCUGCUGUGCGUCCCCGCCGGGGCCCUGACCUGCUACGGGGACUCCGGGCAGCCUGUAGACUGGUUCGUGGUCUACAAGCUGCCAGCUCUUAGAGGGUCCGGGGAGGCGGCGCAGAGAGGGCUGCAGUACAAGUAUCUGGACGAGAGCUCCGGAGGCUGGCGGGACGGCAGGGGACUCAUCAACAGCCCGGAGCGGGCCGUGGGCCGAAGCCUGCAGCCGCUGUACCGGAGCAACACCAGCCAGCUCGCCUUCCUGCUCUACAAUGACCAACCGCCUCAACCCAGCAAGGCUCAGGACUCUUCCAUGCGUGGGCACACUAAGGGUGUCCUGCUCCUUGACCACGAUGGGGGCUUCUGGCUGGUCCACAGUGUACCUAACUUCCCGCCACCGGCCUCCUCUGCUGCAUACAGCUGGCCUCAUAGCGCCUGUACCUACGGGCAGACCCUGCUCUGUGUGUCUUUUCCCUUCGCUCAGUUCUCGAAGAUUGGCAAGCAGCUGACCUACACCUACCCCUGGGUCUAUAACUACCAGCUGGAAGGGAUCUUUGCCCAGGAAUUCCCCGACUUGGAGAAUGUGGUCAAGGGCCACCAUGUUAGCCAAGAACCCUGGAACAGCAGCAUCACACUCACAUCCCAGGCCGGGGCUCUUUUCCAGAGCUUUGCCAAGUUCAGCAAAUUUGGAGAUGACCUGUACUCUGGCUGGUUGGCAGCAGCCCUUGGUACCAACCUGCAGGUCCAGUUCUGGCACAAAACUGUAGGCAUCCUGCCCUCUAACUGCUCGGAUAUCUGGCAGGUUCUGAAUGUGAACCAGAUAGCUUUCCCUGGACCAGCCGGCCCAAGCUUCAACAGCACAGAGGACCACUCCAAAUGGUGCGUGUCCCCAAAAGGGCCCUGGACCUGUGUGGGUGACAUGAAUCGGAACCAGGGAGAGGAGCAACGGGGUGGGGGCACACUGUGUGCCCAGCUGCCAGCCCUCUGGAAAGCCUUCCAGCCGCUGGUGAAGAACUACCAGCCCUGUAAUGGCAUGGCCAGGAAGCCCAGCAGAGCUUAUAAGAUCUAACCCUUAUGGCCAGGUGCAGUGGCUCACGUAUGUAAUCCCAGCACUUUGGGAAGCCAAGGAGGGAGGAUCACUUGAACUCAGGAAUUUGAGACCAGCCUGGGCUACAUAGUGAGACCACAUCUCUACUAGAACUUAAAAAAAGUUAGCCGGGCACGGUGAUAAAUGCCUGUAGUCCCAGCCACUGAAGCCAGAGGAUCGAUUGAACCAGGGAGAUCAUGGUCACAGUGAACUAUGAUUACGCCAACCUGGGUCACAUAGCAAGACUCUGUUUCAAAAAAAAUGGGGGGGGGGGUGGGGGGCGGGGGGCGGGCGGGCACAGUGGCUCACAUCUGUAACCCCAGCACUUUGGGAGGCUGAGAUGGACGGAUCACUUGAGGUCAGGAGUUCGAGACCAGCCUGGCCAACAUGGUGAAACCCCAUAUCCAUUAAAAAUAUUUAAAAAUUAGCCAGACAUGGUGGCACGCGUCUGUGGUCCUAGCUACUCGGGAGGCUGAGGCAGGAGAAUCGCUUGAACUCGGGAGGCAGAGGUUGUCAUGAGCUGAGCUAACACCACGGCACUUCAGCCUGGGUGACAGAAUGAGACUCUGUAUCAAAAAAAAAAAAAAAAAAAAAAAAAAAAAAUCUAAGGGCUCAGGAACCAGUUUGGACUUGAUUUUGAAUCCCAGUUCAUCCCCUUCCUAGCUGUAUGACCUUGAUUGUGUGCCUUAACCGCUCUGUGACACAGUCUACCUGUCUGCAAAAUGGGAAACAUAAUACCUGCCAUCAGGAUUGUUGAGGAGUAAAUAAAUGGAAAUUGGUGGACAA